ACAAGAGAGAGAGACUUCUUCUCCUUCACUCCCCUCCCCUUUCCCUUGCACUCCCUCAAUCCAAACAAAGACUCAAUCCAUGAAUUCUGAAACUGAAAAGCCACAACGAGAUUGAAAGAGGCAAUGAUCCCUACAGGAUUUCGAGAUCGGAAAACCACUUGGCGGAGGCAACUUCGGGAGGGUCUAUGGAGUUACGGUAUUCUGCUUACUGACCAAAUGCAUAGUGGCGCUGAAGGUGAUAUUCAAGGAACAGAUUGAGAAGUACAAUAUUUUUCAUCAGUUAAGGAGAGAAACACAGAUUCAGACUAUUUUUCGCCACCCUAAUAUAUUGCGACUCUAUGAUUGGUUUCAUGAUAAUGAACGCAUUUUCUUGAUUCUUGAAUAUGCUUACGGUGGUGAGCUCUACAAGGAGCUCAGGAAGAAUGGCUGCCUCAGUGAGAAACAAGCAGCCACGGUGAAACUUCCUCUCUCAAUGCAUUUGUCUGUGUGUCUAACUUAUUGUUCCUUUUUGUCACUGAGAAAAUUAACGAACAUUGCGUAUCCUAUGUCUUUUGGUUUAAUUUCUCCUUUGGCUUUGAAUUGAAUUUCAGUACAUUGCAAGCCUCACAAAUGCCUUGGCUUAUUGUCAUGAAAAGCAUGUAAUUCAUAGAGAUAUCAAGCAAGAAAAUUUGCUGCUUGAUCAUGAAAUAUGUACUGAUUCUGAAAAUGAGAGUGAUUACAUUUUAUGUAUGAUCCUGAUUCACUUUUCGAAGGUGGAUUUCCAGUGAAAUUUUUGCUGUUAAAAGUACAUUGUUAGUCUACUUUCUGAUUGAAAUUGCUAAUUGUUUUCCCUAGUGUUAUCACUUUCUGCCUGUUUAAAAGCAAAAUUUAAUUACUUCCAACAUUAUCGAUAGCAAAAUAUUUUAGUGUAACUUAUAUAUUGUAUUGAGAUUAGUUCAUAAUAUGCCUCAGAGGAAAUUAGUUUGAGUUCAGAUGGAGAUGGCUUUACCUACUGUCUAUGACAGAAAAGAAAGUCCUUAUUAAACUACUAUAUUGGGAAAACUGGAGCUUCAAGUCUUCAAGAGAUGUGUUGCUUAGGUUCAAUUGAGACCCUAAUUUUUGUUUCGAAAGCUAGAAAGUAGAAACAUAUUGUACAAUGUCUCUCUUAUGUAAUUGCUACUUUGCAAUGAUCAUUUUAAACGUUUGCAUCUGCAAUUGAAUGACAUUCAUAAUGAAUUUCAGAAUGUGUU